AUGCCCCUCUCAGUUGCUGAGCCUGUAGGUGAGGAUCUAAAAUUUCUUAGAUGUAUAAACCACAAAAAAAUCCAGGCCACUAAUAGAAACUGUGAAGUGACUGCUGAUGUGCGACACGAUGGGUCUGAACCACUUGUAGAUGUUAUGUUUGCUGAUGGAGAGCGAUUGAUAAUGAAGGGAGCCAACUUGACGACAAUAGAAAUGUUAACAGCAUUGCGGUCCAGAUGCAAUGCAAAAGAGCUUCAGGAAGAACAGAAAAGCAAGAGGAAGAGUCCCUGAAGAAUAGAAAAACAACUGUGUUUGCAUUUUACAUGUGUUAAAAACAGCAGGCUGCACAGAAGGUUUUUCUCCUAUGCAACAAAAUCUGAGAGAGAGAGAUGGCCAAAACACUGACCAGUUUAACAUGCAGCAGAAUAAACCAUUUAAAUGUUCCCGGUCUUCACCUGAAGGAAACCAUAGUGGAUCAACAAAUCUUCUAACACUAGUGGGUCAGAGUGGCUUAAGAUGCAUGCACGCGUCUUUCUAAGCAGCUGCCUCUCAGUCGUCUGCAUGUUGGACUAGUACCACGUGUAUUUGCAUAUAAAUGUGAAUAAUGCACAUUAGCCAUUAAACUAACAUUACAGUGAAGACAUCUCUUUGGACAUUAUUUCCUACAAAAUUUCUGUACAGUGGAAUGCAAAAUAUUAGUAGAGUGGUUAUUAUUUUUGAAAAUUAUUAAAUACAAAAAUUUGAAGAAAACUUUCAAAGUAUUCAUCAUUGACUUCGCUGAGGGACAGCAAGCCGCAAAUAGAGAGUGGAUUUUGUAAUACUAUGUUUAUAAUACAUCUGCUGCGAAGUCCCUGCCGUUUUCUUCCUCUCUUUUUCAAGAAAGUGUGAAAUUUGCUAAAUGUAAAUUUAGCUCAGCGAUUGAAGUAACAAGGUAAUGGGACUGUGAACACACAGUAGAGCUACUCAUGCUGCAUAAAAGUAGCUAAGUUUAGGUCAAAGGGAAAGGUAAGUUAGGUUUUUUUGCUAAUUGGAGAAAAGGGCUAUCUUUGAAGCUCAGUUUUGUAAUGUUUUUGUCACUUUUGGGAGAUUUCAUUAAAUAUUUUAUAAAGAUCAAA